AUGAUAACUUUAGAAGGUGACUCUGACUCUAACUCUAACUGCAAACCGCCAUACACUAACAGAAGUUCAAUCUCAAAAGAAACAAACUCUGUUAGUGAGACAUCAAGCGGUGCUACCAUUCAACUUUCUAAAUCUAAUGACAUUCUGACAAAAUUUCGAGAAUUGUGGUGGAUCCAAGGGAAUUUACAUCCGAAAGCAAAAUGGGAAGAGGCUUCUGAUGUUGAUUGGGAGAAAUAUUCAGAGCGAACUGAUAUGUUUAAUGUGCAUGGAAGUUGGGAGUGGAUAGAUAGGAAAGUUUAUGUCUAUGAAUUACCUCUAGGUCCUCAUGAGACUUGUUCUGAAGCAAUUAAAAGACUGAUUCAUUUGAAGGAUCCAGAAAUGAUGCUUGUUGCUUUAGGAUCUGUUCGAACAAAGGCCAGUGGUAAGGGAAAAGAAGCAGAUGGAUCUUUUGUACCAAAAGGCAAACCUCAAGUAAAUUCUGAUGGACGUGAAGGCCCUAAUUCUGAAUUUGAGUUUAAAACCAUUGACAGUGAUGACCAAAUAAUUCUUAUUGAACCUCAACAAUAUAUGGUUAAUAUUAAUAUCAAAUGCCUCUUUCAUGGAAUGCCAUCAACUUUCCAAAUACCUUCAUCAAUUCCUAAUCCUCUUACCAUAGAUUUUUAUUAUGUUUUAUGUGCUAUGGAAGAAGAACUUAGGGUUUCAUAA